AAGAUGGCUGAUGCGUCGCGGCGGCUUUUUUCUUGAUACAUUUUCUUCGGUUCUGCUUAACGAAAAUUUUCGCAAGGCAGCAGCAGUAUUUGAUUGUCCCGCAAGUGUGUUGAACGAUAGGCUGGAGUGACAGGAAUUGUUGUGCUAUUAAAUUAUUUUUACAUUGUAAACCUUUAAAAAACCAACACAAGUUAAAAAAUGGCUGAUGAAAAGAAGGGAUCCGAAACCGAACACAUCAAUCUUAAAGUUUUGGGACAAGACAAUGCUGUGGUGCAGUUCAAAAUUAAGAAACAUACUCCCCUCAGAAAGCUUAUGAAUGCCUACUGCGACAGAGCGGGUUUGUCCAUGCAAGUGGUACGGUUUCGCUUUGAUGGCCAACCUAUAAAUGAGAAUGACACACCAACCUCCUUGGAAAUGGAAGAAGGCGACACUAUUGAAGUUUACCAGCAACAGACGGGUGGAAACAUUUACUAAUACUUUUAUAUAUUACAAAAAUAACUUUAUUCUUAAUAAAUAUUAAAAAAAAAAACAAAACUCAUGAAAAAUGUAAUAAUUUUAAUAUAUAUAUAUUUAAAAAAUAUAAAAAUUACCAGAAAGCUAACAUCCGACCGGGCCAGAGACAGCUUCAAUAACAAGCAGAAAUGAAAGGAAAUACAUACGAAAACCUAGACCGAACCAUUUACAUUUCCUCUGAAAUUACAAUUUAAGUUUCAUUAUAUUUUUAAAUUUUUCUGUUCUUCACUUACUAUCAAUUUUAUAGAUUUUUUUAUUAAAGAUUUGAAAGUUCGCUGUACACACAUUUCAAACCAUUUUUAGUCGUAAAAAUAAAUAAAAAUAUAAACUAAAGAUUUGGUAUUUUAAACGAGUCAACUAAUAAAAGCUAGCUCCAAAUGUACAUGGACAUGAAACAAA